UUCUAAUUCCCGCCAACUCAGAUUUUAACAAUCCGCGAAACCCUAACGUCAUUAUAGGAGCGGAGAUUGAGCUUUCUAGCGACCUGAUCAGCUUUGACAAUUCCCCCGGAGGUCGAGUUUUCGGGAAGGAUAGAGAUAUGUCAAGUAUAACUGUCUGUGCUCGCUUCAGGCCUUUAAGUUCAAAAGAGAAAAGAGAUCACAACGACUCUAUUUGCAUCCAUAUUCUGGAUGCCGGAACUUUAAUUUUCAAGGAUGAGAAGGAAGAAGAUCAUCUAUUCUGUUUUGACAGGGUGUUCUGUCAGGAGUCUGAGCAAUCGGAUGUGUAUGAAUUCCUUGCUCUGCCUAUAAUCCAAGAUGCUGUUAAUGCAAUUAAUGGAACAAUCCUUACUUAUGGACAGACUGGAGCAGGGAAGACAUAUAGUAUGGAGGGGCCGAACAUCCUAGAGGGCAAUGAGAAGAAGAAAGGACUACUUCCACGAGUUGUGGAGGGACUUUUUGAUUGUCUCAGAUCUUCUGAAAAAGUAUACACGGUCAAGUUGUCAAUGGUGGAGAUCUAUAUGGAGAAAGUAAGAGAUCUUUUCGAUUUAUCUAAGGACAAUUUACAGAUUAAGGAGGAUAAAAUUCAAGGAAUAUAUUUGUCAGGGGUAACUGAGGUUUCUGUUUUAGACCCUGAAGAAGCCUUGCAAAACCUAUGUAAUGGAAUUGCUAAUAGGGCAGUUGGAGAGACACAAAUGAACAUGGCCAGCAGCAGAAGUCACUGUGUUUACAUAUUUACAAUUCAGCAAGAAUGCACUGGAGAGAGGAGGCUGAAAACUGGAAAGAUAAUUCUUGUUGACUUGGCUGGCUCCGAAAAGGUAGAGAAAACUGGAGCUGAAGGGAAAGUCCUUGAAGAAGCAAAGACCAUCAAUAAGUCCCUCUCAGCCCUUGGCAAUGUAAUCAAUGCUCUGACUAGCGGAACACCAGGCAAAGCUAACCAUAUUCCUUAUCGUGAUUCUAAACUCACACGAAUUCUACAAGAUGCUCUUGGUGGCAAUUCCAGAACAGCAUUACUAUGUUGUUGCUCACCAAGCACCUUGAAUGCAUCAGAAAGUUUGUCUACUCUUCGCUUUGGUGCAAGGGCAAAACACAUAAAGACAUCACCACGGGCUAACUAUAAUAGAGAUAAAUGUGAAAAGAAGCAAUUGGAUCUGGAUAUCUGUCCUGUUAAAGAUGAGUUAUAUGAGAUGAUACUGAAGAAGUUAAGGGAGAAACUAGAGGCUGAAGAUGUGAAGUUACUGGAGGAGUUGUUUAAAAUAGAGGGGAUCUUCUCUGAUCUUAGUUCAGCUGAAGAAAUUGAAUCAGCUUAUGAAGAUGUUACUUUUCGUACAGUUUCUUCAUUGCACCAAGCCCUGGACGAGCUUACAAGAACUGUUGACAAGCUUAAGAGAGAGAACAAGGAUCUUGAGGCCAAAUUGGUAGAGACUGAAAGGGUUAUUGGCGUACACCGUGACAAUGCUAAUGAAGGCGUACAUUUCCUGGAUAAGAUUUUGAGUGUCAUCAGCCUUUUCAUGUCCAUGCUUUUGGUAUGUCUCACACUAGAAAAGAUGCUGAGAUAAGAAGUAAAUUGCUGCUGGACUCGUAGAUCUCUUAGAAGUUUCUUAAGAGGUGGUUCCGUUGGUACUAUGCAUUUAUUUCUGGGUGGCGUUUUUGUUCUA